CCACCCUCUCCAAGAUGCCAUCUACAAAGACUUUCCUAGAUCCGUCAAUUGCCGCGGCCCACCUCAAAAGUUACUCGUCCUACGAUGGACUUUCCGCGGCGGACCUCAUGAACAGCCGUACGCACGGCGGGCUCACUUACAACGAUUUCCUCGUCCUUCCCGGAAAGAUCGAUUUUGCUGCGUCGGAGGUCACCGCCGAGAGCAGAAUUACGCGGAAUGUCACGCUGAAGACGCCCUUCAUGAGUAGUCCAAUGGACACGGUCACGGAAGCCGACAUGGCGAUUCAUAUGGCUCUUCUUGGCGGUAUUGGUGUCAUUCACCACAAUCAGCCCGCGGAAGCCCAAGCGGACAUGGUCCGCCGUGUCAAGCGUCACGAGAACGGUUUCAUCACGGAACCUGUGGUGCUCUCUCCCAAUCAUACCGUUGAAGACGUCCUGGACAUCAAGGAGCGACUCGGUUUCAGUGGUAUCCCGAUCACUGACACUGGCGCCGCAGGUGGUACGCUCGUCGGUAUUGUUACCAACCGCGACGUCCAGUUCCAGCCCGCCUCUACGCCCCUCUCCUCCGUCAUGACCACCGACCUUGUCACCGCCCCGCUCGGUGUCACCCUACCCGAAGCCAACGCCAUCCUGCGCGACUCCAAAAAGGGCAAGCUCCCCAUCGUUGACGCCCACGGCAAACUGUGCUCGCUCGUCGCGCGCUCCGAUUUGCUCAAGAACAAGGCGUACCCGCUCGCGUCUAAGCUGCCAAGUUCCAAGCAGCUCUACGCCGCGGCUGCUGUUGGCACCCGCCCCGCCGAUCGCCUCCGGCUGCAGCUCCUCGUCGACGCGGGGCUGGACAUCGUCGUGCUCGACUCGUCGCAGGGCAACUCGGUCUUCCAGAUUGACAUGAUUAAGUGGAUUAAAGCGACGUUCCCCGGCCUGGAGAUCAUCGCAGGCAACGUUGUGACGCGGGAGCAGGCGGCGAGCUUAAUCGAAGCUGGCGCCGAUGCGUUGAGGGUGGGAAUGGGCAGCGGUAGCAUCUGCAUCACACAGGAGGUGAUGGCGGUGGGCAGGCCGCAGGCGACCGCAGUGUACCAGGUCGCCGAGUUCGCCUCCCACUUCGGCGUCCCCGUCAUCGCAGACGGCGGUAUCUCCAACGUUGGGCACAUCGUUAAGGCUCUUGCUCUCGGUGCGGGUGCCGUCAUGAUGGGCGGAUUGCUUGCGGGUACCACAGAAGCGCCCGGGGAGUAUUUCUACCACGAGGGCAAGCGCGUCAAGGCGUACCGCGGCAUGGGCAGUCUUGAAGCCAUGGAGCAGGGCAAGCCCGGGCCGAAUGGCGCGGCGUCGAAGGGCGACGCGGUCAAGAACGCCGGGAGCAGCAAGGCGAAGAACACGACGCACGAGAACGCGGCGACGUCGCGAUACUUCUCCGAGUCGAGUGCAGUGAAGGUUGCGCAGGGUGUGUCGGGUGACGUGCAGGACAAGGGCUCGGUCACCGCGUUCUUGCCUUACCUGUACACCGGUGUCCAGCACUCGCUCCAAGACAUCGGUGUGCGCUCAGUCGAGGAGCUUCAAACCGGUGUUCGCGAGGGCAAGGUCAGGUUCGAGAUGCGAACCGCCAGCGCGCAAGUGGAGGGUGGUGUGCAUGGUCUCAACUCGUACACCAAGCGUCUGUAUGCUUGAGGCAUUGUAUUAGCUUUGGUCCGUGUGGGAGGAGGUCCGGUCAUUUGUCCCUAUACAUGCAGUAUGCACUGACUUCUCUGGGGCAGGAAAACAAGCUUACAGGCUUGAUCUGUUGUGUUCAUCUAUUGAUCUACGGGGUUUCGAGCAUCUUUUCAUUGUAUCCAUAAUCAUCACUCUAUCCAUCAUCCAUUGAUUAGACUUUUUCAUCGCACGCUCGCUUCUAUGGUAUCAUCGAUGUCCAUCCAGGAAUGCCCU